AUGAUCAUAAAGCGUGGAAUUCCAGAAACCUUUAAGGGUGUGGUAUCCGAUGAGGUUACCAGUGCCAAGGAUUUCCUUGCCGAAAUUGAGAAGCGCUUUGCAAAAAGCGAUAAAGCUGAAAUAAGCAUGUUGUUGAACAGCUUAACAUCCAAAGAAUAUAAAGGAAAAGGAAAUAUAAGAGACUACAUAAUGAAAAUCUCUCACAUUGUAAGUUAUAACUUCCAAAAGGAGAAAUGGUCUCUUAAUGAGCUCAUUUCAUUUUGUGUUCAAGAGGAAGAGAGGCUGAAACAAAACAAGACAGAAAGUGCUCACUUGGCUAGCACCUCUAAGGACAAGGGCAAAAAGAGGAAAUCAAGUGUUGCUAAGAAUGAAGUUGCUAAUGGUUCGAAACAAAAGAAACAAAAGGAUGUUUCCUACUUGGACAAAUUAGGCUACUCUUGUUCGUUUGGAAACUCUCAGGUUACAUUGUCUUUAAAUAAAAGUAUUGUAGGAACUGGUUCUUUUGUUGCUUAUGACAUUCUUUAUAUGCUUGAUACAAUAGUUUCCUAUCAUGAAAGUUUAAAUGUUGAAUCUCGAGAUUUCAAUACAUGUGUUGAGUGCAUUAAAGGAAAACAAACCAUACAUAAGAAAUCAAGUGCAUAUAGGGCUACAAACGUCUUAGAACUAAUACACACUGAUAUUUGUGGACCAUUUACUACUCCCUUUUGGAAUGGUCAACAAUAUUUUGUGUUUUUCAUAGAUGAUUAUUCAAGAUACGAGUACCUAUUUCUUAUCCUUGAAAAAUCCCAAGUCUUGGACGUGAUCAAAUCAUAUAAGGCUGAAGUUGAAAACCAACUCAACCAGCGCAUUAAGAAUGUUAAAUCUGACCAUGGUGGUGAACUACUACGGUAG